UAGUAUAGGAGACGUAAUCGUGACUAACAAACAUAUCCCUUCUCUUUCCUUACAAAGAAAGAUGACUUCCCUUCUCUCGUUGUCUGCCGUAUGACGUCACAUGGGGGAAUCUUUUUUUUCUGUUGGAAGCUAGAUGCGACGGGAGUAGGAGUGGUAUUCGAGUAUGGAAAUGGCAUCGGAGAUUGGGGCAGAAUUACUCUGUGCAAUCUGUUUGGAUGUGUUUAAAGAAGCAGUGACUCUUCGCUGUGGGCACAGUUUUUGCCGGUCAUGUGUGACUCAGAGCUGGCAGAACUCAGACAAGCAGGCUUGUGCUGUCUGUCGGGACGAGUCAUCCACUGGUGAGGAGUUAAUAACAAACCAUGCGCUCAAUAAUGUCGUGGAAAGAUUUCUACAGCAACAGCAGCAAUUUAUUACUGAGCAGGGUAGUGCAGAUAUGUGUCGGCUGCAUGGCGAAAAACUCAAGAUAUUUUGUUUCGAUGAUCGACAGCUGAUCUGUCUGGUCUGUCAGACAUCUCGUAAACACGAGAAACAUAAACUACGGCCGAUGCAAGAGGCAGCUUUGGAACAGAGGGAACAGCAACAGUCUGUCAUACGAAACUUAAAAGUUAAACUUGCAAAGUAUGAGAAGUCUGAAAAGCAGCACGACCAGAUGAAGAACCACCUACAGAAACAGUAUGUGAAAACUGAGAGAAAGAUAAAGGCAGAGUUUAACAAGUUCUACGCCUUUUUACAAGAUGAAGAGCAGAGGAUUAUUUCUGAUCUGAAGGCAGAGGAGGAGGAGAAACGAGAACGCCUAGAUGAAUCAGUUAAAGAAAUUAAUGAAGUUAUAACUGAGCUGACGCAUAUUAUCCACAAACUUGAACAAGAGCUCCAAGAAAGUGACCUGCAUUUUAUUAUGAAGUACAGCAGAAAACGAAGUGCAAUUUCAACUUGUGAAGACCCUAGUGACUUACCAACUUCAGCUCUCUUAGAUGAAGCCAGAUAUGUGGGAGACCUAGGAUACAACAUCUGGAAGGAAAUGGAAAACGUUGCGAGUCCAAAUGAGAAAUGUAAGUUACUUUUAUACAUUUCUUCAUAA